AGACGUAGCGCGGGUUUUGUAAACAUGUCGCCGGCGCAUCACCACCCGGCAUGACGCUUUUACUAAAGUUUUAAUACGAUAUACCUCCUACUUUAGAUGGCCUUUUUUUCUUGAGACAUGUUAUUUUUUUAGCUGUCAAACCAGUGGCAAUUCUACUGCGGUCGUAUUUACUAUGACAACUUUUACUUAACGUUCCGUAGCGUUAGCCUCCAGCUAGCGGUCCGAGGAGGUUGAUGGAGCUCAGAGGUCCGGCUCAGUGACAGGCAGCGCCUGUUGACCUCUGUACUGCAUGUUAGGACGUUGGGCGACGGGGAGAUCUUGGCUUCGGACCGGACUACAGCACCUGAGGACCCGGUGGUGCUCGACCCGUGAGGCGGGUCCGCAGCGGCCGGCGGACGACAUGAUCCGGCGGACUCCGAUCCAGCGGGUCCUCUGCGUGGCGGAGAAGAACGACGCCGCCAAGUGCAUCGCCGAGAUCAUGUCCGACGGGAGGGCGAGGAGGCGAGAAGGAAUGUCAAAGUUUAAUAAGAUCUACGAGUAUGACUAUCAUCUCUUCGGACAGAAUGUCUCCGUGUCCAUGACGUCAGUAUCCGGACACCUGCUCGGUUUUGAGUUUAAAGCCCCUUUCCAAAAAUGGCAUAGCUGUAACCCAGUGAUGCUGUUUGAUGCUGUGGUGGAGAAGUAUUGUCCUGAAAACAUGGUCCAAAUCAAGCGCUCCCUGGAGAAGGAGGUGAGGUCGGUCCAGGCCCUGGUGAUCUGGACCGACUGCGACCGCGAGGGAGAGAACAUCGGCUUUGAGGUCAUCGACGUCUGCAAAGCAGUGAAGCCCAGCCUCCAGGUGUUCCGCGCCCGGUUCUCUGAGAUCACCCCCAACUCGAUCCGCCGCGCCUGCGAGGCGCUCACCGUGCCGGACGCCAAUGUCAGCGACGCCGUCGACGUCCGGCAGGAGCUGGACCUGAGGAUAGGGGCGUCCUUCACGCGCUUCCAGACCAUGCGUCUCCAGAAGAUCUUCCCGGCGUCGUUGGCCAAUCAGCUCAUCUCCUACGGCAGCUGUCAGUUCCCCACGUUGGGCUUCGUGGUGGAGCGCUUUAAGGCCAUCCAGGCCUUCAUCCCAGAGACCUUCUACAAGAUCAAAGUGCUUCAUGAGAUGGAGCAGGAGGAGAAGGUGGAGUUCAGCUGGAAGAGGAACCGGCUCUACAACCACACGGCCUGCCUGGUGCUCUACCAGAUGUGCAUGGAGGAUCCCAUGGCAACUGUCACCUCGGUAACGAGUAAACCUAAGAGCAAGUGGAGACCGCUCCCGCUGGACACAGUGGAGAUGGAGAAGCUGUCGUCUCGGAAGCUGAAGAUAAACGCCAAAGAGACCAUGAAGAUCGCCGAGAAGCUCUACACACAGGGGUUCAUCAGCUACCCCCGCACAGAGACCAACAUCUUCCCCAAGGACCUGGCCCUCGGGCCCCUGGUGGAGCACCAGACCCAGAGCCCCUCCUGGGGGGCCUUCGCCCAGCGGGUCCUGGAGCAGCCCGGGGGCCCCAACCCCCGACAGGGCAAGAAGACGGACCAGGCCCACCCCCCCAUCCACCCCACCAAGUACGGCGCCAACCUGCAGGGGAACGAGGGGCGGGUCUACGAGUUCAUCGUGCGCCACUUCCUGGCGUGCGUCUCCCAGGAUGCCGUGGGGCAGGAGACGGUGGUGGACAUCGACAUCGCCCACGAGAGGUUCUCAGCCUCGGGCCUGAUGAUCAUCGCCAGGAACUACCUGGACGUGUACCCCUACGACAGGUGGAGCACCAAGGUGAUCCCAGUGUACCAGCAGGGCUCCCAGUUCCAGCCCACCGCCAUCGAGAUGGUGGACGGCCAGACCAGCCCCCCCCAGCUGCUGACGGAGUCCGACCUCAUCGCCCUGAUGGAGAAGCACGGCAUCGGGACGGACGCGACCCACGCCGACCACAUUGAGACCAUCAAGAGCCGCAUGUACGUGGGGCUGACCGCCGACCAGCGCUUCCUGCCCGGAGAGCUGGGCAUGGGCCUGGUGGAAGGCUACAACUCCAUGGGCUACGAGAUGUCGAAGCCCAACCUGCGCUCGGAGCUGGAGGCGGACCUGAAGCUGGUCUCCGAGGGCAGGAAGGACAAGACCAGCGUGCUGAGGAACUACAUCCACAAGUACAAACACGUGUUCCAGGAGUCUGUCCGCUGCGCCAAGAAGCUGGACGAGGCCCUGGCCCCCUACCUGGGCGCGGCCCUGGAGUUCACGGAGGCCCAGCAGGAGGCGCUGGAGCUCCCCCUCCCCGUCCGCCGCUGCCCCGGCUGUGGGCGGGACAUGGUGCUGAGGACCAAGAGGGAGGGCUCUGGGAAGUUCAUGUCCUGCACGGGCUACCCAGAAUGCAAGGCGGCGGUGUGGUUCCCGGACACGGUGCUGGAGGUCAGCCGUGAUGACAGCGUCUGUGACACCUGUCAGCCCCGCCCGGUUCACAUGUUAAAGUUCAAGUUCCGCAGAGGCAGCCUUCCUCCCAUGAUGCCUCUGGAGUUCGUGGGCUGCAUCGGGGGCUGUGACGAGACUCUGAGGGAGGUGCUGGACCUCAAGUACCUCCGGGGAGGAGCUGGUGGAGGAGGAGGAGGUGGUGGAGGAGGGGGAGGAGGAGGUGGUGGAGGAGGAAGAGGAGGAGGAGGAGGAGGAGGAGGUGGUGGAGGAGGAAGAAGAGGAGGAGGAGGAGGAGGAGGAGGUGGUGGUGGAGGAGGAAGAGGAGGAGGAGGAGGAGGUGGUGUCGGCCGCCCACCCCCAUCCAGGGCGGGGCCGGCCAGAGCGCCCCCCCUCCCUGCUCCGGCCCCCUCUUGGGCCCCCCAACCCCGGGCCCCGGGCCCCAGAGCGGGCGGCCUGGGGGGGCCCGGCGCCGGGGGCGACGUGGUGGAGUGUAACUGCAGUCAGGACGCCCUGCUGCUCACCGUGCGCAAGGACGGGCCCAACCAGGGCCGGCAGUUCUACAAGUGUAACAGCAGCACCUGCAACUUCUUCCUGUGGGCAGAUCAGCCGGAGCAGCAGGGGGCGCAGCAGGGGGGCCCCCCCUCCAGACCCUCCCAGCCCCACAGGCCGUCUCUGGGCUUUGGGAACGGCCUCCCUGGGGGGGGCGGGGGGCCGGGGUCCGCUACACAGACCAUGUGCAACUGUAACGAGGUGGCGGUGACGCGCACGGUGCAGAAGGACGGCCCGAACAAGGGACGCACGUUCAACACCUGCAGCCGGCCCCGGGACCAGCAGUGUGAGUUCUUCCAGUGGGCCGACGAGAACGUGCCUCCAGGAGGUUACAGUGGUGGAGGUGGAGGAGGAGGAAGAGGAGGAGGAGGCGUGGUGAAGAAGGUGAGGAAGCAGGGGGGGGCCACCUCCUCCUCUGGCGCGCCUCCUGCCACUAAGAAACCCCGGACCUGUGGCAUCUGCCACACGCCCGGACACACCCGCACCACCUGCCCCCAGCGGUGACACCACCUGCC